AUGCCAUACCUCAGACAUCUUAGGGUCGGCAACUUUGUAAAAAAUGGAUCUGAAGAUUUGAUAGCCGGACUCCACGCCCUAGGGGUGGCGCAGAUCCGGCUUAAUACUCUAGAAAUUGACGGUCCUGGAUUUGGGGAUGAUUACGUUGCCUGUCUUAAUAAAAUCUGGGAGAUUUUCCCCAGCAUCAGGAUUACGCGUUUGCUCCGUAUCGGCCCCGUUUCGGUUUGUAAUUUGGAUACCCUACAAAUCCCUGAGUCGCUGCAAGCUCUCGAAAUAUCUGCAUCUAGGGCGCUUACAUUUCGUUCAUUGGGGCCGAGAGGUUUCAGCGCUCCAGAAAUCAACCGCUAUAUGGUUGAAAGUACUCUGCAGAGGUUUGUAGACUCUCCGAGCUUUCAGCGGCUUAAAAUCGACAUCUUUCAUGGAACCCGCUAUGAAAACCAAUACGUUGCCCAUAAAUGUUAUACCUGGACCGCAAUUACCAAUUAUGAGGAGCUUAAGUUUGAUAGUGUUGAUUGCAAUUGCUAUUAUUCACACACCUUCUUGAGAUCUUCUUCCGGUUCCUUGCUUUACAAAUUGGAUUGA